CCCUAUUUCAAGACCCAACAAUGAUGAAAUAUGCUCCAGUUUAAUUCUUCUGUAAAUAAUAGGUAAAUUAGACACAGUGGCUUAUUUAUAAUCAUAACCUUAAAAAGUAAAAACCGCGCGAAUUUACCGAAAUUACUCUUCUAAAGAUUAAAAAAUGAGUUUGUGGGUUGAUAAAUACAGACCAAAGGAUCUAUCCAAAUUAGAUUAUCACAAGGAACAAGCCGAAAAUUUAAAGAAGCUUACACAUAAAGGCGACUUCCCCCAUUUACUCAUUUAUGGGCCUUCUGGUGCUGGUAAGAAAACUAGAAUCAUGUGCAUACUAAAGGACCUUUACGGCUCCGGUGUCGAACGGUUACGUAUGGAGCAAUUAAAUUUCACAACACCGUCCAAAAAGAAAUUAGAAAUUAUGACCGUUAGCAGUAACUAUCACAUUGAAAUUAAUCCCUCCGACGUGGGUAUGUACGAUCGUAUCGUUGUAAUGGAUCUAAUAAAAAACGUCGCGCAAACUCAGCAACUGGAUGUUAACGGGCAAAGAGAAUUUAAAAUAAUUGUGCUUACUGAUGUCGAUAAUUUAACUAGAGAUGCACAACAUGCCCUACGGCGUACUAUGGAGAAAUAUAUCGCAAACUGUCGUCUGAUUCUGUGCGCAAAUUCAACUUCCAGAUUGACACCCGCCAUUCGCAGCAGGUGUUUGGGAAUUCGAGUUGCCGCCCCCACUGUACCAGAAAUUUGCUGUAUUCUACAAACCAUAUGUAAAAAGGAGGGCCUAACAAUACGAUCCGAAUUUGCUCAGAAGAUUGCCGAGAAAUCGAAUCGCAAUCUACGUCGAGCAAUACUGAUGUGUGAGGCUUGUAAGGUGGAACAGUAUCCAUUUGCACCAAACCAAAAUAUUGCUGAACCUGAUUGGUUGAUGUUUAUACGUGCAAUGGCGAGGAAAAUUAGUCACGAGCAGAGUGUAAACACGUUAGCGAGUGUUCGAGGUGAUCUAUACGAAUUGAUUAUUCAUGGUAUACCAAACAACAUUAUUUUUCAAACUAUGGUUAGCGAAUUGGUGAAGAAUUGUGACAUAUCGUUGAAGGCUGAAAUUAUAUCACAAGCUGCACUGUUCGAGCAUAGAUUACAACAUGGAAAUAAGGCAAUUUUUCACUUUGAGGCUUUUGUUGCUAAGUUUAUGUGUUUAUAUAAGAGGUUUUUGGAAGAUGCAGUGGCAGAUGUAUUUUAAAUACGUACUAUUUUAAAUCUUGUUUGUAUAAUGUUUAGUAGUUGAUACUCUUUUUGUAAUACACAAUAUACUUAUACAAUAUC